GUGUGUGUGUGAGUGUAUGUGUGUGUGCGCGCGUCUGUGUGUGUGUGAGAGAGAGAGUUUGGAGAGCUGACGCCGGCAGUCUGGGCCACUUGGCCAGCGCAAAGGAAAAAGGAAAAGCGGCUCCUGGGCGGCCGAUGGGCUGGUGAACCGAAACUUUUUCGGCAAAAAACGUCCGCGUUCAUUUUAAAAACGAGUUAAACGCCAAACUUAGAUGGGUAGUUUUUCAUAAGCGGGGGGAGACGUUUGCGUUUGGAUUCUGCACCUUUUUUUUUGGCACCCGAUUGCGCAGCUUUCCCGAAAGAAUGUGUUUUCGUCUCGGAGGACUUCAGAUGGAGUAGGGCAGUUCAGUGAAUUUCUCCAUGAAUGUACGUCACAAUGAUGAUGACAGACCAGAUUCCGCUGGACUUGGCUCCGCCUCCCCUCCUGAACGGGGAGGUCCCUCUCAUGUCUCACAUGGUUAACGGGGACGCAGCACAACAGGUGAUCCUUGUGCAGGUGAACCCGGGAGAGACCUUUACCAUCCGGGCAGAGGACGGCUCACUGCAAUGCAUCCAGGGUCCUGCUGAGGUUCCCAUGAUGUCCCCAAAUGGGUCCAUCCCCCCCAUCCACGUACCCCCUGGAUACAUCUCACAGGUGCUGGAGGAUAAUACGGGGGUCCGCCGGGUGGUGGUCACACCCCAGUCUCCAGAGUGCUACCCUCCCUCCUACUCUCCGGCCCUCUCCCCCACACACCACCUGCCCCCUUACCUUGCUCACCCCCACUUCAUCCCCAACUCUCACUCUUUCUACCCCCCUGUCAGCCCCGGGGACAUGCCCCCCCACCAGUAUUACCAGCACCACCUUCCCCACAUGUACGGCGAUCCAGAAAUCAUCCCAGUUUAUGGGAUGUCAAACUACAUAGGCAGAGAGGAGACGUACAGUAAGCCACAGCCCAAAAAGAUAAAGGAACAGAGGCAACUAGAACGACAGAACCGACUCAACUCCCCUCCCUCCACUCUGUAUAAGGGCAGCCUGGGGCCAGCACACAACGGAUACAGCAACAAAUCACACGCCCCAUCACUUGGGUCGGUGGGGUCGGGGGGCGGACUCUGCAGUCCGGGAGGGAAGAAGCCGGAGAGGCGACUCCGCAGCAGUCCACGAAACAGUGAACCAGAGACACACACACAAGAUCAUGAUUCAGAGGGAAAGCGUAUUCAAGACAUGCUGUGUACAAUCGACAAACCACAGGUCUCCAACGUGCAGGCGCGGGCUGCCCGGCUGUCCUGGGCCCCCCCUGCCGGGCUGGUAAACAGGCUUAGCAACGCGAUGCCGCUGUCCUGCUCCUACGAGCUGUCUCUCUCUGAUAAGGGACGGGAUGGAAAGUAUCGCCUCAUAUACAGCGGCGAAGAAUUGGAGUACCACCUGAGCGACUUAAGGCCAGCGACAGACUACCACGUACGGGUGUCGGCGACGUACAACUCGGCUCGAGGCUCGUGCUCGGAGGCCGGCUCGUUCACCACGCACUGCGGCGCCCCCGACGUCCCGUUAACCCCCAAACUCGCCCAGCGCACCAAGAGCACCCUCACCCUACAGUGGAAGCCGCCCGGCGACAACGGUUCCAAAAUCACAAACUACCUGCUGGAAUGGGAUGAGGGAAAGAAGAACAGUGUUUUCAGAGAAUGUUACUUUGGGAGCCAGAAACAAUGUAGGCUGACGAGACUGUUUCCCGCCUGUGGCUACACGUUCAGAGUGGCUGCGCACAACGACAUCGGGACAAGUGGCUUCAGCACAGAGGUGGUGUUUUACACCAUGGGCACCCUGCCCGCUCUGCCGUUGGCCCCGCGGCUGGUCAGGGCGGGGGUUUCCUGGGUGACCUUGGAGUGGGGGCGCCCUGAGGGUAGUCCGAGCGAGGAGCAGCUCAAAUACACACUCGAGAUCCAGGAGGACAACAGCGGAAUAGACUUUCAUCCCAAGUACACUGGAGAAAACCUGACCUGUACUGUGCAAGGCCUGAAGAGGAGUACACAGUAUAAAUUCAGGCUCAUAGCAUCAAACAUGGAGGGGAAGAGCAGCCCCAGUGAAGUGUUGGUCUGCACCACCAAUCCAGACAAACCAGGUCCUCCAUCCACACCCUCUGUUACCGCGGCAACACCCUACGGAUUUACCGUCACAUGGGAUCCUCCCCAGGACAACGGGGGUUCAGAGGCUCUCACCUACCUGCUGGAGACCUCAGAGGGAGGCUCUGAAGCUAGCCAAUGGGAGGUAGCGUACAGUGGUCCGGCAACACAGUGUGUGUGUGAGCGCCUGGCACCUGGGACCGUCUACAGCCUACGUGUGUGUAGCAUCACCACCGGAGGACACAGCCCGUGCACUGUUAGUGUUCCGGUCCGUACAUUAAGCGUCCCACCAGGUCCCUGCCAGCCGCCAAGGAUUGUGGGUAAAGCCAAACACAAGGAAGUGCAGUUAGAAUGGGAGCCCCCUCACUCUGAAGGAGUAUGCGAGGACUGCGUGUUCAGUCUGGAGAUGAGUGAGGUUGACACCAAGCCAACAGAGGUGUACCAUGGGUCAGAGCUGCAAUGCACUGUUGGUAGUCUGCUGCCUGGUGCCACAUACAGCUUCCAAUUGCGGGCCGCCAACGAGGCUGGGUUUGGAGCGUACUCCGAGCCGACGGAGGUGACGACUGCAGCGGGCCCUCCUGGCCAGUGCGGGGCGCCGUUCUUCCUUCUCACCAGUAACACCUGCGUCACGCUCAACUGGGAGAGUCCCGAGGGCUCGGGCACGGACAUCUCUGAGUAUCGUUUGGAGUGCGCGCGAGAAGAGGAACCCAUGGAGCUCAUCUACUGCGGAGCUGCCACGCAGUGUGAACUGUCUGACCUCACACCUGCCACAGAUUUCUGCUGCAGGCUACAGGCGGUGAAUCAGGCAGGUGCUGGUCCUUACAGCGACCAGGUGAGUUUCCGCACCCCCGCCACACAUCCCGACCCGAUCACCUCCCUCACCCUCCUGGAACUGCCGACCUCCCCGGAGUCGGGUCACUCCCCGUCUACCUGCCUCCUCCUGAAGUGGGACGAGCCGAACAGCAACGGGGCGGAAAUCACCUCCUACGUCAUCACCCUGGAAGACCAAACCGUCACUGUGGAAUCGGGGACGAGUCAGCUGGUCGCAGGCCUGCAGCCAGACAGCGAAUACAGCGUGCAGAUCCAGGCCGUGAAUGCCUUCGGCUCCAGUCCCCUGAGUCAACCUCUGCUGGCAAGGACACGCCCCCUCCCUCCAGCCCCGCCUCCUCUCGAGUGCUCAGCGGCCGGCCCUCAGAGCCUGAAGCUGAAGUGGGGGGAAAACGGCAACACGCACACCCGCGCCCUCCUCGCCGAUGACAUGGUCUACACACUACAGAUGGAGGACAAGAACCACAGGUUUGUGACAAUCUACCGGGGUCCCAGCCACACCUACAAGGUCCAGCGAUUGACUGAGUCGAGCAGCUACAUCUUCAGGAUACAGGCCAUCGGGGAUGCAGGAGAGGGCCCCUUCUCUGACACACACACCUUCUGCACCACCAAGUCUGUACCACCUACCCUCAAAGCUCCCAAAGUCCAGCAGCUGGAGGGCAACGUGUGUGAGAUCACAUGGGAGACCAUCACACCAAUGAGAGGAGAUCCUGUGAGCUAUGUGCUCCAGGUGCUGGUGGGACGUGAGUCAGAAUACAAACAGGUUUUUAAGGGAGAGGAGGGCACGUUCCAAAUUUCUGGUCUCCAGGGCAACACAGACUAUCGUUUCCGCGUGGGAGCCUGCCGCCGUUGCCAGGAUACGUGCCAGGAGCUGUGCGGACCACUGAGCCCCUCCUCCUUGUUCACGCUGCGCCGCCAGGUGACGGCAUCGUCGGGGGAGACGUGCGCCGUGGAAACGGGCAAAGGCAGCGGCCUGAUCUCAAGCGACGAGCGCUUCGCCGCGCUCAUCGUGUGCGUGUUCGCGGGCUUCUCCAUCCUCAUCGCCUGCUUGCUACAGUACUUCUUCAUGAAGUGAGGGAAUUUUAGCUGUAGGAUAGAAAGAGAAAACAAAAUCACAGAGAGACUUUUAAACGUACGUCUAUGAAAGAACCGAAUGAAAUCAAAAACAAACACUUGACGUACUUCUAAAUCUUCUUUUUUUUUAUUAAGUCAAAAUAUCGAUUCUGGCCUUCCUCGCAUUGUUCCUGUUGUCUCCUGCCGUCACUCAGUUUGGUCUCGUUUCCGGUUGCGUCUCUGUUGUCGUUGGAACUUUGUCAUUAUCUCAUCUGCUAAGGAUUUCUGUUGAGGUCUUAGCUGUACCUCGGUUGGGAAAGAACUCAUAAUAAAGCCUUAAAAUAGCUUUGAGCAAAAACAUUUGCUCCUCAGACUGACUUGCAUGUUUUUAUCUUGUAUCUUUUUAAAACAUAUUUGACUAGAGAACGUGUAUAUUUCUUGAUGGUCUAUGCCUUAUUUUAUUUUUAUUUUUUUAUGUUUAAUUUUCUUUCUUUUUUUGUUUUUUUUGCUGGAGUCUUUAUUCAUUUCAGCCAUAUUCCAACGUAGGCCUAUACAGCUUUAGCCGUUCAUACCUUAUUAUUCAGUUUGCUACGACUUUACAGACUGUCAGUCAAUUCAUGCAAUUCACAUCUGCUUAGCUUUUAACAUUCAAUCACUCACUCAUUCAGCUACCAAAGUGAUGCAAUCCGUGUGUGGUGUAAGAUGCUGCUAUCCUGUGAUUUUAUUAUAUCUAAGAAAGAAUGGAAAACCAGUAAUCUAAUAUAUAUACACACAAUAUUAUAUAUGUUAUAACAAAUCUAUGAUGCUAUAAAAGUGAUGUAAUAUAAGUGAUGGCAAUGUAAGGUCUGCAGAACAGUGCGAAAAGGGGAUCUAUGGGCUCACAAACAGCAGCUCUGAGGUCAGCUAAGUAACUCGAAGAGCUCUUCAACACUGGUCUCGGAUCAGAAUAUGAAUCUUUGUAGGUAUCCGAAUGUUGGGCACGAACCGCCUCCCGCGUUUAGGAAGUCGAGCUGGGAUUGUAAUCGGCUGCAACUUAACGGGAAGAGGCCGGGCUGAGCGUUUUGAUUGGCCCUUCCGCAUCCCACCAUCUCCAACCACCAUUACUCCAGCCUGCUUAUCUGUAGCUUUACUUAACUAUUAAACCCGUUAAGACCCAGAGGUGCUAACGGCCUGCCAGGUAGCCGUGCUUCUCAGAGCUCUUUUGUGUUAAAAGCCAUUAGGCGUUAGCUUGAGCUGGGCCACCGAAGCCCCCCCUCCCCCACCCAGCCAGAGUAGUGCUGAAGCUUGCUUUCUCCUUUCAGUUAGUCUGUGAAUCGAUGCAUUGGAAGACUGUUCCCCUCGGAUGUCCUCCACUGCCCAUAAUGACCUGUAAUUACCUUUAGCUCUGGCUGCUCUUCUCCUGCUUUCCAUCCCAUCAUUCUGCCCAUGCUCGCUCUCUCUCUCUCUCUCUCUCUUUCUCUCUCUCUCCAUUCUCUCUCUCCAUUCUGUCUCUGUCUCUCUCUUUCUCUAUUAAAAGGUGCUUUAUUGACAUGUAAUCAGAGCAGUAGCAAGUCUGUGGUUACUCCUCAGACGGACAUGUUCCCUGGAGACUUGAACUAAUGUUCACUAACCAAACAAGCAUUUGACAGAACACAUCUUAGCAGAACCGGGCAUUCUAACCCCCCCUCCCCCCCCCCCUCCUCCCCUCCUGCCUGACUCCUGAACCCCUUUCAUCACAACCCCCAAAAAACAAAGCCAAGGUACAGCCCAGUACAUACACUGCUGAUCCAAAGAAGUCACCCUGACCUGCUUGGUUAAUGUGUGACAUGUCUUUAAUUGUCAAGUGGGGGGGGGGGAAGCGGAUGGGUGGGAAGGGGCUCAUGGAGAAGUGGCAGGGCAGCAGUUUAACGCCGCCAGCCAGCUCUGAUUGGCAGCCUGUAAUGUACCUCAGGGAUAAGGCCUCACAGAGGGGAGACCUAACCCUGUCAAUCCCAUUGACAGUCGUCCCGUUAGUGUCCCUCCCUUCGUUUCUCUCUGUCUUCCUCCCUUACUUCUAUCUGUUCUUUCAUUUCGUCGAUGCUGUAUCUAGUCCUCUGUCAAUGCUGUGCCUUGCUCCUGUAUGUGUCAGUAAGCAAAGUGGUUUACUAGCUCAACAAACCUUUGCCAAAGUCCAUGGGAAAGUUAAGAUAGAGUUCUUUUCUAGGUUUUUAUUUAUACUAUAUAUUUGCAUACAGUACUUUACAUGCCAAUUACAGUGCAAUCUUCAUUUAUUUAUUGUUUAAAGAUUAAGAGACAAGUGUAGUUAUAUACUAAUUUCCUUGUAGCAUGUUUUUUGUUCUUUUUUUUAAGUGGAUGUAUGUUAGAUUGUAUGAUUAAGGCCAGCAUUCCUUAUAUCAGUAACCCUUUAAGUAUUUCUCUUACAGCUGUUGGGAUCCUUUAGCUCAUCAGUCCAUGCAGUUAUCAUUGCCGUUUUCAAACAUGUAACCAAAUGCGUAUGUGUUUUGUUUUUCAUCUCCUGUUGAGGCCGUGCACAGCCGAACAGUUCUUGUAAUGCUUAGAGAGACAGGUAGCAAAGCAGGACCGUAGGGUCAGUUCAAGUCAUCUGUAUUGGGAUAAACGUCGACGCCUUUGGCUUUUUUCUAAAUUAGUGUUAUAAUGAAGCUUCUGAUAUCUUUUUACUGUGUUAUUGCCAAAGUGCAGGCUUCUCGUGUCCACUAGAUGUUGCGCUUGCAGUCGUCUAAAAGGGUUCUGUGAUGUUCUUCUGUAACGACACAGCAUUACGAUUAUUAUUAUUGUUAUUAUUAUUCUCUCAAAAGGAAAAAAAAACAUUAACUUGAUCUGUGAUUAUGCUUCUUUUCAUAUUAUCUUUUGUUUUAUUUUUUUCGUAAAGCUAAAUGUGCCAUUUUGAAAUGUAGCCCCUUUCAAUGGACAGUUUUUUUUUAACACAACCAGAUUUCACACUAAAAGGUAAAAACAAAAGGAGAAAAAAAGGCAAAAACAAUCAUACGAUGAUUUCAGGCAGAUGACAAUAAUAUUACCUUGUUCAGGCUAGUGCUGGUAUAGCAGUAGUUAGUAUUUUGUAUCCAGUAUUUUGCUAAGAGAUGAUAUAAUAGAGGUAUCUUUAGAGCUAUAGAAUGAGAUGGUAAUACAUUAAGACUAACAGAGUUGAAGCACUUUUUUUUUUUAAUGCCGAGCGUUAGUCUUGAUGAGGUUAAGACGAGCGAGAGGAAGUUGGUCCGUCGUUCCAAACACUACUGCCGGCGCCGUCUGUUACGUUCAUUGGCAUUAUUCUGUCGUUGGCUUCACUGUGACAUCGGCAUUACCCAAGUAUGGGUCUGUACGUUUUCGGAGGGCACGAUGCUAGCAGGCGCCAAGAGACAGUAGGCGUCACGGGGCCGUGCUGUUUUCCCUUCACAAGACGGUGCUCACGGUGUGCCUACGCGUCCUGUUGCAUUGUGGUCGACAAGAUGGCGUUAUGUGAGCGGCCGUGUCCUUUAUGUAACGUCACCGUCCCCUUAUCCCCCCCCCCCCCCCCUUCCAGCCCGAAAAAAAAAGGCUCCAACGGGAGAGCGCAGGUGUUGGACCGAGCAACGCAGUGUUAACUGAAAGGUUGUGUGUUGGUGGGCAGGCUACUCCCUUCAUGGGCUUUUCUUUUUUCUUUUUAAAAGCUGGUGAUUUCUAAAGACACCCUGCCCAUUCACCCCCACCCUGCAGCUCCUGCACAUUUGGUUACUAAGUCAAGACAUUUCUUCUUCUUUUUUUUGGCCCAGCAACCCCACGUCCGUGCCUUUCAGAUUAAUUACUCUUUUCUUUUACCUUUUCUUUUGUACGUUUUACGGUAAAUAGAGAUUUUUGACAGCGAAUUUGGCGAUUUGACAAACGUACAGACACUCACAGGUAUUUAACUAUUUUUUAAGCGAGACAAAAAAUUCAGCAUAUUUUUACCUCACAACUAAAAAAACAAACAUUCCAAUGUUGUCAUGGUCUACGAAUUGAGAAAAAAAAAGAAAGAAAUUCAUGUCUUCUUGUAUUGUAAAUGUUAGACAUUUUCAUAUGCAUUAUAUUAAAGAAACUGCCAUAUCAAUUUUAAUGUAUAGAUUUUUGCAAAUACUACCCUAUGUAUGUAAGACGUAACUGUAUCGGUAGCGUAUAUAUAAUAUAUUUAUGCCCAAUAAAUGUUUUGAUUUUC